AUGGAUAAUAUGUUACUCGGGGCAACGUGGAAACUAUUACUCAGCUUUCUAUCCGAAUUCAAAAAAGUUUUGUCGAAUAAAUUAACUAUAGAACCAUAUAUCGCAUUGCUGUGUGCUAAUGUUCAUGAUUGUAUGAAAUAUACAAGCGAGUUAUCUAUAAGAAGUGCCCACCUACUUUCAUCUGGUGAUCUACCCACACAAAAAGCAUUUUCUCGGUCUUGCAAGUUCUCAAUGUUCUUUCUGUCGUCAUUAGCAACGAUUAUCAAACAGUAUGGUAGUUCUAUAUGUGGGGACGAUUUUGAAACUUUCAUGAAAUUCAUUGACAAUAUAGUGAAUGACCUUGAUUUGACCUUGACAAGAAACAAAGAUUUCAGUAAUUUGGAGAAACAAUACUAUUCUGAUGCAAUUAUAGAGAUUGAAAAUAUUUUUCGUAUACUGCUCUCUGAAGAUGCUUACAUUCAGUUUUUCAAAAGUUUGAAGUUGGAUGCUUGUUCCCUUUCUCUAUUGUUGGGAAUGGCUAAGAUUUUAGUUACAAAUGGAGAAGAAAUAAACACACAUUGGUUUGUCACAGAUGAUACCUCUUCAGCAAAUAGUUGUGCAAUUAUUCAUUUAAUCAAGCAGAUAUUGGAGUCAGAUGAAUAUGAAAAUUCUGGGACAUCAUUAUUAUUGACUGAUUUUAAAUGUUCAAGCAGUCGCCAUGAUGCUGGGAAAAUUUUACUGUUCACUCUGAUAUCCUGUCUACAUUCGGACAUAUAUCCAUCUGUAGAAUUAAUACUAGUUGAAAAUAUGUUCUCUAGUCGUCUUCCAAGAAGCAUUAUGGCAAUGGAUUUAUUAGACUCAAUUUGUAGAUCAUCGUCAAAAUUGUGUGGACAUUAUUUCACUUUGUUUUUGCAAUUGAUUGAGUCUACUAAUGGAUUAUCCUUCAAGAUUCCCAUACCUGUUAUGGUAACAUUAAAAUUUCUUCAAAGGAUUGCCCCUCUCUUAUCAAAUGAAGUCAUAAAGACUUUUAAUUCUGAAGAUAUACAUGCGAUGAAUGUUAUAACCCCUUACAGAGAAACUUUGAAGCCGAAUUUCCAGUUUAUAUUCAUCAGCGUUUGCAAAGAAUUCAAUCAUGAAGUAAAUUCGUGGAUAGAAGGGUCAAAUCGAUUAUUAGAACUUUCUAAAUUGUUAAAAAAUUUUGACAAAAUACUUGAAUGGAUUUUUUUGGUUCAAAAUAGGAGCCGUGAUCAGCCUGAGAAGAGGAAAGAAAUUUCACAAGGGGAACAGAUACUGGCAACAGCAAUUUUGAAAUUGUUAAAAUUCAUUGAAUUUGAACCAUACUUGGAGAAGUUUAUUGUUGUAACAAAAUUUUUAUCACUGAUUCUGCAUAUACUGAAUUCACUAACUUUUUCAAAAUUUGAAGCAAAUGAUAUAACAUGGAUGUUGUAUUAUUUUUCAAGCCUUUUGAGAAACGGAAAAUUACUUGUGAAUAGUAAAAUAAUUAUAGCACAGUUAUUACAGAAGUUUGAAUUAAAAUCCAAUUCUACAGAUGUUGAGAACGAAUUUUUAAGUAUGUUUGUACAUCUAAUUACCGAUGAAAAUUGGAGGGUGAAACACCAAGCUCUCAGUUCGUUCGAAUUUUUAACGCGGACUUCAAGUGGGACGUUUUUAUUAGAAAAAUGUGUGAACCUUCCUACUAUAGUGAUGAAUUACGAGUCGCAUUUACGUUUUCAAAUUUUGGAUGAAAAUCACUUGACUGAAAUAAAAAGUAGUCGAAGAAAACUUGAAGCAUCUAAUUUUGAUAAAUGUUACCAAUCUUGGAUUAAAAAACAAGAAGAAAAAAGGAAGCUCUCCAUUCCAAUGAAGAAUAUCAUUGAUAGCAAGAAAAACACACAGGAAAACACCCAAGUUCUCCAUUUAUUGAGAGAACUGAAUAAAACUCUCAGUUCAGUUGACACUUUGCUUAAAGAAGGACAUGUUGAAUUCAUACUAUCAGAUGAGCAAGUUUUAAAAAAGUUUUCAAAUUCUAAAUUAUUAUUUAGUAAUAUUUGUGAUAAGUUGAAAUCUUCUUCAUAA